CACGUAUCUCAACACACACACAUCUAAUUAUGUAGGCAGAAUAUAUAAACUUAAGACGACCAAAUGUCUAGGCAUUUCUCUCUUGUCAUUUUGGGCGCUUUUGUCCUGCUCAGGUGUGUCCAGUUUGUACAAGAUUUGAGGAACUUCGUGUCCACCAUGCAGACCUCCAUCUUAAGUCUACUUGUCAUCGCCUGCGUCAUUGCCAUGUGCCUGGCAUCCGGUGGCCACGGCCCUGUGAGUUCUUAUUGCCCAAGAAAAGGAGAUGCCGGACAUGGAGCACAUGAUGCCCAUGGAGCCACCGACGCUCACGGCGGCGAUGCCCACGGAGCAGCUGCUGGUCAUGGUGACGCCCACGGAGAUGCUCACGGUGAUGCUCAUGGCGCUGGAAACGGAUCAGAAAAAAUUGGAAGCUUUGGAGUUUUGGCAGCCUUGGUCCCACUUUUACUCUCUGUGGUUCUGUCCAAGUAAUGCUCCUGUUCUUAGGUCCCCCCUAGCUGACCAGCUAGAAGAUGUUUGUCGUAACAUUUCUCAACUAGGCACUUUUUUUUUUUAUUUUAUUUAGUACGUGUGCUGCUUCAUUUGUGCCAUCCCCAACGGUUUCUGAAAUGUCACGUGACUACUUACAAAACAAAAAUACAUUUGAAUUUAGAUCUACUUCGUUUAUUGUGGUGUGCUACGGAGUAUAUAUACUACCAAACAAUCUAAAAUGUCCAUUUAUUUCUAGAAACACCCUGUGUACAAAGGGAAUCUUCUUUUAGCGUGAUAGUGGGAGGAGUCUAUCAAAAGUUAGGCUCCCUAUAUAUCUCCUGUUAGUAUGUGCUUCUACUAGAUACUACUUUGUUUUGACACCGUGUACUAUUGCUGACGAACUGUUUAACAUGGUCACACUUGAAGAGCGGCUCUAGUUCUUAAUCUUCAGAAUUCCGUGCCAAUGAGUGCCUCGGCAGCAUAUGACUUGGCGGAAACGUGAGUGUCUCAGUGCGCAUGCGUGUGUGUUUGUUUGUCCGUGAGCGAUGCACAGACAAAUAAAAUAAUAUAUUAUGAAUCAAA